GGGCUAACUGGUGAGCUGGGUACAGCCCAGGAGCCAUGAAGACCUCUGUGGAGAAUCUAGGGUGAAGUCGGGCAAACUAAUGACCAGCAUUUAGCGCUUAGGUGACGCCACCUUAACAUUAUCAGCAACAGGGUGGACAAGGAUGACCGAAGUGGUGGUCCUGGACCCUUCUGCACCUCCCAACCCGGGAGAAAAUGAAAAUGUGCUGCAGAAGUUCAAGAAACUUUUUCAGAAGAAUAGAAAGUCUGAGCCUGAGAGUGCUGAGGUGGCACAGCAGCCCAAUGGGGAAAUAGGCGACUCUGUGCCGGUCUACUUUGUCUAUGAAGUGGAGGAGGAAUACGAUGAGGAUGAAGACAAGGAGGAGUCGCCACCGGAGCCCGUUAAGCCCGUCAACGACAAGCCUCACAAGUUCAAGGAUCACUACUUUAAGAAGCCCAAGUUCUGCGACGUGUGCGCCAGGAUGAUUGUGCUCAACAAGAAGUUUGGCCUGCAGUGCAAAAACUGCAAGACCAACAUCCAUCACCACUGCCAGUCAUACGUGGAGAUGCAGCGGUGCUUCGGCAAAAUCCCCCCCGGAUUCCGGCGCGCCUACAGCUCCCCCCUGUACAGCAAUCAGCAGAACGCUUGUGUCAAGGAGCUGCUCCCAUUCUCCCAAUCCAAUCGCUCGGACCCAGUGUUUGAGACCCUCAGGGUCGGAGUGAUCAUGGCCAAUAAGGAGAGGAAGAAAGACUCCAACGACAAGAAAAAUAUGAUGAUGGCCAUGAUGGAGGAGGAAGAGGCGGCGGUACCCAAGCCAGAGGAGGGCAAGAGCGAGGCAGGGGGUACCGAGGCUGACAAGAAAGGAGACAAAGCGGCAGCUGAUGACAAGAGCAAGAAGCCACAGCCUGGCAUGCGAGGAGGCUUCACCCAGUCCCAUUACUACCUGGCACUGUACCGCUUCAAGGCUCUGGAGAAAGACGACCUGGACUUCCACCCAGGGGACAGGAUUACAGUGAUCGACGAUUCCAAUGAGGAGUGGUGGCGGGGCAAAAUCGGUGAGAAGUCCGGCUACCUGCCCGCCAACUAUAUCAUCCGCGUGCGGGCCGGUGAGCGCGUCUACAAGGUGACCAGGUCAUUUGUGGGCAACAGGGAGAUGGGCCAAAUCACGCUCAAGAAAGACCAGAUCGUCGUGCAGAAGGGCGAGGAGCUCAACGGGUACAUGAAGGUCAGCACUGGCCGCAAGUUGGGCUUCUUCCCGGCCGACUUGCUGCAGGAAAUCUGAGGUGCAGGGAGCAGCGGACCGGACUGGACCCCCUCCCGCCAUGUAGUUAUGCUUUUCUAUAAAUGUUUUCCACCU